AGACCCACAUGACCAUCAUGUCAUCCACGUCACUGUCCUUAGGCUUGGACUCUGUGACCAACAAGAGCUACCUCCUCCACUUCCUGCAGCUGCUCUCCACCUGUAUGGCCUUCUUCCUGGUGACCAGGGAGAGCACCUGGAGUGUGGACAUAAGUAACUGGUCUAUGUUUGUCUGGUGCUUCUGCUUCGCUGUGACCCUCCUUAUCCUCAUAGCUGAGUUAUGUGGACUCCAGGAUAAACUUCACUUCUGGGACAGCUUUCUCAUCACCUCUGCCUGCUACUGCGCCCUUUUCUGCCUCUCGGCCUCCAUCAUUUACCCCAUCAUCCACCUUCAGAUUUUUCCCGAUGGCUCCCCCCGACACCAUGUUAUUGCUGCCACUGCAUUCUCCGGCAUCGCUUCUGUGGCUUAUGCUGUCGAAGUGGUCUGGACCUGUGCCCGGACUGGUGAGCCCUCCUGCUCUUUGCUAGGCCUGCUCAAGAGGCUGGAGAUCUUUGUGGCGUGUGUCAUCUUCGCCUUCCUCAGCAACACCUACCCGAACGAGCGCCAGCCGGCCCUGGUGUGGUGUGUGGCUGUAUACUGCACCUGCUUCAUCCUGGGGGCUGUGGCUAUGCUGUGGCACCGGUGUGACUGUGACGAGAGUCUGCCCUACUCCUGUUUGGGGUUUGGGCAGUCUGUGCUCGCUGUCCUCCUCUACACCACGGCUCUGGUCCUCUGGUCUCUCUACCAGUUCAACGGGGAUUUCGGUGGGCAGCCCCAGCGGUCCAACGAGUUGAGCUGCAUUGAUGAGCUCACCUCCUACCUGUGCGUCUGGGACCAACGACUGGCUGUGGCCAUCCUGACAGCCGUCAACCUGCUGAUUUAUGUGGCGGACCUGGUGAUCUUGACUGUGGUCAGUGACCGAGGCUCUACCCAGGGGCUCCGGAUUCCUUCUUCUCACUGA